AUGUCUCAGUCAGAGUGUGAUGUCACUGUUUGGGACUGGUUAAGUGGGCUUCGUCUUGAACAGUAUUGCAAAGCCUUUCAGGCUGCAGGCCUGUCAGUCUUAUCAGAAUGCCAAAAUCUCACCCCAGACCUGUUGGAGCAAAUGGGAAUAUCUCUUCCAGGACACCGGAGACGGAUCCUGGCCAGCCUAAUCAAAACCCGAGAUGUACCUUCCUUGCAACUUGAGUCACAGUCAAUCUCUGUACAGGCUGUGAGAGAGGACCCAGAUCAACCUAUGGAGGAGAAUGGGCCUUCGAGUGGGAAUGCACUCUCUGUAAUUAAGGAAAAAGCUUCUCUAAAUGAAGCUGAGAAAGAAAAUGCAUGGACUCCUGAACCUGCACCCAGAGAAAGAGAUAAACCUGUCCCGAGGAACAGACAAGCAUGUAGGAUAAAGGAGGAAACUGGAGGAGCAGACAGGAUUACAAUAACUAUUCAAACUAAUGAAGUGGACGGGGUUGCAGAGAGAAAGUGUCCAGUUCCAAAGGAGAGGACACGUUUCCGCUCCAGUGCUCCAGUCCUAUCGGACUCUCAGUGCAGCUCCGUCAUUUUUCCAGCUAGCGAAACCUCUUUGCCACCAGUGCCCCCACGGAGCAACUUAAACUGCCCACCGCAACGCUUCACCGUGGCCUUGACACCCUCAGCACCAGUACAAAGCCCUACCUCACCUCAACACACCAAGUCCGCCGUCAAUGAGACAACUUUUCGGGUUCGAGCUUCGUCCUACAACUCAAGUCCAAACACAGCACAGGAAGCUGACCACCAAACCUGGGUCUCGCCCUGCCAAACUCAACAUCAGACAUGUUCCCUUCAAAUGCAUGCCCAGGAUUCAACACACAAUACAACACCAAAAAUGUGCCCCACGGGCCUCACUAUCACCCCCAGGGAAGAGAGAAAUGCCCCCCCUCUUCCUCCAAAAGUUGGCUCUACAACAAGAGUGCUCCCAAAAAUUCCAAGCAGGCAUCCUGCACUGUCUUCAAGAAUUGAAAGUGCCCCUUCCAGCAAGACUGAUGAAUUCCUUCAAGACCAAAUUCCAAGUGCACCACUUCGUACCAUGACUUCCUCUAAUCAAGAGGUUAAGCAGUCGAACGAACCUGCUCCUCAAGCAGCUCUGCUUGGUAAAGGAGUCUCCCACCUUCCGACUCAGACAACAUUGUUGCCACCGGAUAAUGAUUCUGAUGACUCUGAAGAAUCAGACGCAUGUUAUGCCAGGGUUCAUGCAGUGAAAGAUGAGAGGGAAAUGUCCCUGCAAGUACCUCUUUCAGCAAAGAGACGAUACGCUUCUUUAUGCAGUGAUGACGAACUAUUGGAUGAUGAUGAUCCUGGUGUCUGGGAAGAACCAGGCUUUAACAGCCUACAAUGCAGCAUCUUUCUGCCUAACACAAGCAGAAUGGAGUCACCUCCGAAAGAAGACAGCUCCCAGCUCGCAGCUGUCAUCAAGAUGGGCUGGCUUGACAAGAAUCCACCGCAGGGGGCCCUUUAUUAUCAGAGGCGAUGGGUAAAGCUUGAUGUUGACUACCUGAGAUAUUUUGACAGUGAUAAGCAAGUAUAUUCUAAAGGGAUCAUCUCGACUGCAUCAAUAACUAAUGUGGCAAGUGUGGGAGAGCUGAAGUUUGAGGUCAUCACAAGCAACCGCACAUUUAUCUUCAAGGCUGAAAGUGAUGCUGAGAGAAACGAGUGGGUGACGCUGCUACAGGACUGCACAAGGGGGCGCCAGAGGCGCAGUGCAUUGAUGCCUGGCUCACCUUUGAAUCCAGAGUUUAAAGGCUAUUUGGAGCUCAAAGGAUUACGCUCCAAACUCUAUACAGUUGUGGCUUCAGAUAAGGUCUUUCUCUACAAAAACAUAGAGGACUACCGUAUUGGAGUGGGAAUCACUUCAAUUGAGAUGAAUGUAGGAAAUGUUAAGGUCACUGACCGCCGAACCUUCGAUCUUACCACACCUUACCGCAUUUUCAGCUUUAUAGCAGAAUCAGAACAACUGAAAGAUCAGUGGGUGGACGCAAUGACUGAGGCCAUAGGAGAGGCUUUGUCCAAUAGUGAGGUCGCUGAUCGAAUAUGGGUGGAGCCAAGCAACAGUUUCUGCGCCGAUUGUGGAGCGCCGAAACCGGAAUGGGCUGCAAUCAACUUGUGUGUCGUGAUUUGCAAGCGAUGUGCAGGAGAGCACAGAGGACUCGGCCCCAGCAUCUCAAAGGUUCGGAGUCUGAAAAUGGAUAGAAAGGUUUGGACCGUGGAGCUUAUACAGGUGUUCCUGUUACUUGGCAACAAGCGUGUUAACAGUUUCUGGGCAGCAAACAUCCCACCGAGUGAGGCUCUGUCGCCCUCAAGCUGCAGUGAUGACCGGCGGCGUUUCAUCACGAACAAGUACCGCCAUGGCAAAUAUAGGAAGUACCACCCUCUGUAUGGAAACCAGAAAGAGCUGAAUAACGCAUUAUGCAUUAAUGUGCAGUGCAGUGAUGUGCUGGAGACAUUAAGCCUAAUUUUCUGUGGCGCAGAUGUAAAUUGUUCAACUGGCAUGGCCAGUUGUCCUACUCCUCUCUCACUAGCCAACACGUACUCGCAACCCUUGCAAGCUGUAUUACUGAGCCACAAUCUGAACACAGAACUUCCUCAUUCAGAGGUGGAUAGUGCCAUGGAAGAAGUGCACUUUCCAUCUCCAACUUGUGUGUAUCACAAUGGCUUUCUGUUCAAGACUGGAUCUAUGGCUCGGGCUUUUGCAGAGCGCAAGACCAGAGAGGAGUUCAGCCGUCGCUGGUGUACACUCAAUGACGGCAUUUUCAGCUACUACGAGAGUGACAAAAACUCUAAUCCUAAUGGGGCUCUGAAAGCGUCAGAAAUAGUUUGCUUGGCUGUGGACGCACCUGAGAAACAUGGGUACGAGCACACUUUUGAGCUCUACUCAGAAUCAGAUCGUCUCUAUCUCUUUGGCACCGAUGACCCAAACAGCCACAAAGAAUGGGUCAAGUCCAUUGCCAAGUGCUUCAUCCCUGCAAAAGCUGAGCCUUUAUUGAGGUUGGGCUUUGAGCGAAUUGGGCGACUGAAAUGUAAGGAUGGCCUGAACCUACAAACAUCCAAGGUGGGCUGGUUUGCCUUGGUGGGCUCUACCCUUCAUGCUUACCUGGAGGACAGCCAUGAAGAAGAGAUACACCUUCGUAAACUGAAUGAGCUCUCAAUCCAGCAAGAUAAUGAAGUGUUAGUUUUGGUGGAGCGAGGGAGAACGCUGUACAUAGAGGGAGAGAGGAAGUUGGACUUCACUGGCUGGUGUGCUGCCAUACAGUCUGCUGCAGGGAGUGGAGGAGACACUCUGAGUCAGCAGCAGCUGACCGAUACAGAUAUACCAGUCGUAGUGCACAGCUGUAUUGACUACAUCACACAGUGUGGCUUAACAUCCGAGGGGAUAUAUCGCAAGAGUGGCGUGAACUCGCGCGUUGCAGCUCUAUGCGAGAGAUUUCGCCAAGAUGCCCGAAGCCUCCGUCUGAAGGAAGGUGAGCACCAGGUGGAUGACGUCUCCAACACACUCAAGCGCUUCUUCAGGGAGUUAGGAGAGGGGCUAUUCACAUCUGAAGAUGGCGGCACCUGGCUUACUACAUCUGCCAUUCAGGAUGAAAGUAUCAAAAUCUCCCAGUAUCAGGCGCUUUUGAACAAACUGCCUCGUGUUAACAGGGCGACGCUACGGGCCCUUAUCAAUCACUUGUAUUGUGUGCAGCGGUUCUCUGAGCUGAAUCAAAUGAAUCUCCAUAACUUGGCCAUCGUGUUUGGCCCUACGUUGUUCCAGACAGAUGGAAAGGACUACACGGCAGGCCGUGCCAUCGAGGAACUCAUACAGUACUACACGCAAAUCUUUGAGGUGGAUGAACAACAGCUGAAGAAACAGUUGGAAGAGAUCACAGUUAUCAUUCAAGUGCGAGAAAAAUUGAACACAAAAUUUCCUAGCACUGAACCCGGUGGGCAUUUCAUCUGCACGGUUUACUUGGAAGAAAAGAAGGACACUGCCGAGCAACAUGUAAAGAUCCCCGCAUCUAUGACGUCUGCAGAAUUGACUUGUGAGAUAUUGGACAGGCGCAACAUUCCUGUUAAAGACAAAGAGUACUGGAACUGCUGGGAGGUCAUUGAUAAGGAAGAAAUGGAACGUCCUCUGCAUUAUCGAGAGCGAGUCUUACCCAUCCUUCACUCCUUUGGCACUGACUCCCAUCUGCUCAUCAAGAAACACAUCGCAAUGGAAGCAAUGAUGAUCUACCUGGCCAAUAAGGUUGACCCAUCCAAACAUGGCAUGAUGAAAUUCCGAGAAGAACGAAGCAUCCUGGGCCUGGGGUUGUCUUCCGGCAGUUUCCACGACCGAUAUUUCAUCCUCAACUCCAGCUCACUGCGGAUGUACAAGGAAGUCAGAAGUAACCGUCCGGAACGUGAUUGGCCAGUCAGGAACCUGAGAGUCUUCCUUGGUAUCAAGAAGAAGCUCCGUGCCCCAACAUGUUGGGGCCUCACUGUCAUCUAUGAGAGUAAGAAACAAGAGAAGGCUGAGCGACAGCAGUGGUAUCUUUGCUUGGAAACUCAGCCAGAAAUGAGGGAGUGGUAUGCUACUUUUUUGAGCAUCCAGAACGACGGCGACGUGUGGCCCCAGGACGGACUCCAGCCGAGCCGCAUGAGCCGCGCGUUGCCGGACACGCGUCACGGUAACGUGUCACUGAUACCGCUGCGUGGCAGUGAGAAUGAGAUGCGGAACAGCGUAGCAGCUUUCAGCCAAGAUCCGCUUGCUCUUUUUAGAGACGUUCGAUAA